GCUGCGCGUCGCUUAUCUCUAUCAGACGAUCAUAGAGAAAUUGAAAGAUUAGGAACACACGAAGAUCAAUGUUACUACGAUCCAUCAUGUUCCCCUCCACAGAUGCUAUUCCGGAUCCAUGCAGAAACAGCUAAUUCUCCACCAUUUGCUUGUCUUAAUGACGUACGCCUGUUCGACGGGCACGAACUUAAAAGUGGUGUGAACCUUGUCUCUUUAAAUGGAACAACAGGCGAUAUCGAAUCGACGAUGUCAUUUGAUGUUGCUGAAUCUGAUGGGAAGCUGAUCAGUUGGCUAAGGUCGUUGCCGCUGUCAUCGGUUAUAAUUGGCGUAUCAUUCGGAGAUGUGGCAGAGCGUGUUUCUUCAGAUGCUCGCGCCGCUUUGGCUUCUUUUGGAGCGACUCGUGUGAUUAAGUGGAGAGGAGCUUCAUCUUACGCAAUUCUUGGGCAGCAUGGGUUGAAGCAGCCAGCGCAUGAACUGGUUAUUUUUUCCUUCAAGUGUUCAAGCUUAUAA